AUGACUGACAUUAAUGAUCAAUGUUCAGAUACAAGUUCAGAUUUAAAUUGGCCACUUGAUCAUGCAUUAGAACGACAACAAGAUGAUCGAGUUGUUUUUGAAAAUGUUGCUGAUCAAUAUGUAAAAGGUGCUGAUGUUACAGCUUUUUUUACUAUUAUACAUGAUGUCAAGGUCAACCCAGACGAAGAUCAAAUUGGUUUAUUACGAGUUGGUUGUACAAAUAUUAAAGAAUGUGUAGCAUAUGCUCCUGUACAAUUUAAUCCAUCAACAACAUCAGGUUCAGCUCGUCAUGGUACAGCAACAUUUUCAUCAUCAUCAUUACCUGUAACUGAUGAUGAAUUUUAUCAAUUUUGUUAUAUUAUAAAUAAAACAAAAAAUCUUGGUUCAUCAAUACCAUUUCAAUUAAAUUGUGCAUCCGAUGAUAUUGAUUUAUUAUCAAAUGAACCAAUAAGAAAAACAAAACCUGAUGGUCUUAUUGCAUUAGCUGAUGAUGAUAAUGGUGAUCUUCUUGUUAUACAUACAAGACGAAUGUUAACAGAAGAAAAAUUACGUCAAGAAAAUCGACAAUUAUUAGAUUUCAAUCGUCGAUCAGAAUUACAAAAAGAUGAAUAUAAAGCUAAAUUAGAUUUAUUAGAAAUUAAAUCAAAAGAACAUAAUCAUAAAAUUUAUAAUGAAAUGCAAACAUUGAUUGCAUCACAUAAAACAGCCAUUGAUGAAUUAUCAUCACGACAACAAUUAGAAUCAAAAUUACGUACUGAAUAUGAUGCAUGUCGUUCAUUAUGUAAUCAAUAUCAAGCUGAAUCUUUACAAUAUGCUGAACGUUGUCGUACACUUGAAGAUUCUCAUGGUAAAACUCUAAAUGAAACAAAUCAAAUUCGUUCACAAUUAGCUAUAACAUCACAAUUAACAAAAGAUCAAGCAACACAAAUUAUUGAUUUAGAACGUCGUUUAAUGCAAUCAAAUGAAUUAACAAAAACAUCAAAUCAACGUCAAACAUUACUUGAACAACAAAUACGUGAUUUUCGUUUAACAGCAGAAAAAAAUCAAGUAUUAAUUCAAACACAUAUUGAUACAUAUUCAAAACAAUCGACUCAAAAAGAUGAUGAAAUCAAUGCAUUAAAAACAACUAAUAAUUUAUUACAAGAAGAAAUAAAUUCUUUAAAAAUUAACAAUGAAUCUUUAUCAUUAGUAUCUAAACAAGAUAAUGAAUUAACACAAACAUUACAAAAUGAAUUAGAUCAAUUAUAUGAACAACGUCGUAUAGAGAAUGAAUUAACACAAAAUGAAAUUGAAUCAUUAAAAAGUCGAUUAAAUGAAAUGAGUUCAUGCCAACAAGCUUAUAUGACAUUAAAAACUUCAUUUACCGAAAUUGAAAAACGUUGUGUUAAACAUCAAAAAAGUGAAAUUGAAGUUAAACGACAAUUAACUGUUUACAAAGAUUUCAUUAAUGAUUUACAACACGAAAUUCAAGGUUUAACUGAACGAUUAUCAGCUGGUGCUGAAGAAUAUAAAACAUUGUACCGAAAAUAUACUGCACUUGAACAUAAUAUGGAAAUGAAUUAUUCACAAGAAAAAUCAACAACAAAAAAUUUAAUAGACGAAUCUGUUCAUAAUGAAGAAAUAAUAGAAUCAAUUCUUCGUGAUGGAUAUGAACCUCAACAAGCGAAAAAAGAAGAUCAAAAUGAUCAAGAAAAUGAAAAUACAUCAUUACAAAGAACAUUUGAUGAUGCUGAUGGUGAAAUAAGUAAAUGUCCAAUGUGUUUUUGGGAAUUUCCACCACAUAUGACACUCGAUGGAAAGAACGAACAUAUUGAACACCAUUUUACAUAA